UGAUCAGGGAGAAGCAGUUACUGCAUAUCUUCAUACUGUCUUUGGUAGGAACGACGCAGAUGGCUGAGUAGCUAGCUACAGUAGCAAAAUUAGCCAACAAAAUACAAUCACUGGUACAAGUGACACUUAACGUUGAUCUCGACAGUUUCAGGGAUAAACCAGAGUCAAGAAGAUGGCUGACACAGAGCAAACAAGUGCUCCUCCUCCCCCUCAAUUAGGGACAGUGCAAUUCAUGUUGGCUAACAAACUCGAGACGGCAAUGUGGCUCUCGCGGCUCUUCACAGUCUAUUGCUCAGUAAUGUUCAUUCUACCUCUCUUAGGACCUCAGGCGGCUGCCAAUUUCUAUCAGCGUGCGCUGCUGGCCAACGCACUCACCAGUGCUCUGCGGCUCCACCAGAGGCUUCCUCACUUCCAGCUCAGCAGAGCCUUCCUAGCCCAGGCACUCCAAGAGGACAGCUGUCACUACCUGCUAUACUCCCUCAUCCUGGUCAACUCGUACCCCAUUACAAUGAGCAUAUUCCCAGUCUUCCUCUUCUCAUUGCUUCAUGCAACCACCUACACAAAGAAGGUUCUUGAUGCAAUGGGCCCCAAUAGCCUUCUCUUCAUGAGGAACUUCCUCAACAAGCUCUCGGCCAACCAGCAGAACAUCCUGAAGUUCAUCGCCUGCAAUGAGAUCUUCCUCAUGCCAGCCACCAUAUUCAUGCUCUUCAGUGGCCAGGGAAGCUUGCUGCAGCCUUUCAUUUACUACAGGUUUCUAACUCUCCGCUAUACAUCAAGGAGAAACCCAUAUUGCCGCACCCUGUUCUCAGAGCUGCGGAUUCUGCUGGAACAUUUCGUCAUGAAGCCUGCCUGCCCUGCCUUCUUCAGAAAGAUGUGCCUCAACAGUAUCUCCUUUAUGAGCCGCCUGGCCCCCACCGCAGUGUGACCUUACUUCCUGUUCCCACACAACCAUAGUUUGUACUGUAAGGGGCGUGGCAGCAUUUCAACUCCAGCGGGAUGGACGAACAACAACUUUGAGAGCAAGGGAAAAAACCUUUUGAAUGUUCGUCUGGCCUGUCUUCCUGCUGCUCUGUUCAUACGCUACAGCGGAGGCUGAGGCUUGGACUGCGACGCACUGAAAACUGAUUGUUUUCAAUAUGGCUUUAUGGAACAGCCGAACACUCACUCCCCCUUUUCUCUCUCACUCUCUUUGGGAAUAAACACCAGCUGACUAUUUGAUGUGUUCUACUUCUAAGGAUUGACCUUGUGAUGGUUAAAUGUCUUUGUCAUGGAAAAUACUUGUUCUUAUCUUUAAAUAAAAUACUAACUUCUGAGAUUAGAUAGUUAAAUUGUA